AUGUCUUAUAAUUCAUCACUUGAUGACUUCUGUGGAUCUAAAUUUUGGGAUAGCAAUUUAACUUGGUAUACUGAUAAUCCAGAGUUUACACCAUGCUUUGAAAAGACUGUGCUUGUUUGGACACCCUGUAUAUACCUGUGGGUGGCAGCUCUACUCGAUGCCUAUUAUAUUUUAAACAGCAAGGAGAGAAAUAUACCAUGGAACAUUCUUAAUACCAGUAAAUUACUUAUAACAUGUCUUCUAAUUGUUUUAAAAUUUGUGGAUUUGGGUGUAACAGUUCACAAAUCAUCUAAAGAAGAGGAAGUAUUCAAUGCUGAUUACUAUAGCCCUAUCAUAAAGAUACUGACAUUUGGAUUAUCAGCCACGUUGUUGUACUAUAACCGGAAGUAUGGGAUGAGGGCAUCUGGGGUUUUGUUCUUCUUCUGGCUCCUGUUGAUCCUGGCGGGAUUACCACAGCUGAGAACGGAAGUGAUGGCCCAUUACAAGUUGGCCGACGACGAGAACGUCCAGUACAACUUCGUCAGUUACAUGAUAUACUACCCAAUGAUUCUGUUGAUGUUCGUACUAAACUGUUUCGCCGAUUUGCCGCCGAAGGACACACCGUAUAAGUAUGAAAAGAACCAAUGCCCCGAGAGCGCCGCUGGUUUCCCGAGCCGGCUGACGUUCAGCUGGUUCGACCCCCUGGCCCUGACCGGGUUCCGGCGCAGCCUGACGGAGGCCGACCUGUGGGCCCUCAACCCCCCAGACUCGUCCAAGGAGGUGGUGCCCAGGUUCGACAAGUUCUGGGGCAGGACGCUGCAGAAAAGGGAGAUCUCGAACGGCACCAAAGCGACGUACAGCAAGACCUCCGCCAGCGUGAACUUCAAGCCGGAGAACGAGAGGAAGCCGGCCUCGAUCCUGCCCGCGCUCUGCCUCGCCUUUGGAGGGCAGUUCCUCUUCGGCGCACUCCUCAAGCUGUUCAACGACACGAUGAUCUUCAUCUCGCCCCAACUGCUCCAGCUCCUAAUAGAGUUCGUGAACGGCAACGAGCCCGUGUGGAAGGGAUACGUGUACGCGGUUGCUCUGUUGGCCUGCGCCACCGUUCAGACGAUGCUCCUCGCCCACUACUUCACGAGGAUGUACUUCGUGGGCAUGAGGAUCCGGACCGCCCUCACCAGCGCCAUCUACAGGAAGUCGCUGCGGAUGUCGAACGCCGCUAGGAAGGAGUCCACCGUUGGGGAGAUCGUCAACUUGAUGUCCGUCGACGCGCAGAGGUUUCUAGAAUUAACAGCGUACUUAAAUAUGAUAUGGUCGGCUCCUCUGCAGAUCGCACUGGCAUUGUACUUCCUAUGGGGCAUUCUGGGCCCGUCUGUACUCGCCGGUCUGGCCGUAAUGAUCGUACUAAUACCAGUCAACGGCCUUAUCGCAAACAGGGUGAAAACCCUCCAGAUCAAACAGAUGAAGUACAAAGACGAAAGGGUCAAACUCAUGAACGAAGUACUUAACGGCAUUAAGGUCCUCAAAAUGUACGCAUGGGAACCAAGUUUCGAGGACCAGAUACUUAAAAUACGAAACAAAGAGAUGGUCGUUUUGAGGCAAACCGCAUAUCUAAAUUCGGCGACGUCGUUUAUAUGGUCAUGCGCCCCAUUCCUGGUGUCGCUGAUGUCAUUCGGGUGCUUUGUACUGGUAAACGAAACUGAAGUGCUGGACUCUAAGAGGGCUUUCGUAGCGUUAUCUCUUUUCAACAUCCUGCGUUUUCCGCUAUCCAUGCUGCCUAACGUUAUAUCGAAUGUGGUACAAACGUCCGUUGGAAUCAAGCGAUUGAACAAGUUCAUGAAUUGCGAUGAACUCGACGUGAACUCCGUGGAACAUGACCCGAAAGAGCCGGACCCCCUCGUGAUAGAGAACGGCCACUUCUCCUGGGGCGAGGAGCAGCCGGUGCUGCGCAACCUAAGCAUCAGGAUCCCGCGCGGUUCCCUGGUGGCCGUGGUGGGUGCCGUCGGCUCCGGCAAGAGCUCCCUCCUGGCCGCCUUCCUCGGCGAGAUGGACAAGAUAUCCGGCCGCGUGAACACGCACGGCAGUAUAGCGUACGUGCCGCAGCAGGCUUGGAUCCAGAACGCGACGCUGCAGGGCAACAUACUGUUCGGGAAGCCCCUGGACGCGGCCAAGUACGCGAACGUGAUCGGCGUGUGCGCCCUCAAGCCGGACUUCGACGUGCUGCCGGGCGGGGACCAGACAGAGAUCGGCGAGAAAGGUAUCAAUUUAUCGGGUGGUCAGAAGCAGAGGGUGUCUUUGGCUAGGGCGGUCUAUUACGACGCCGAUAAUUACUUCCUCGACGAUCCCCUCAGCGCCGUGGAUUCGCACGUUGGCAAGCAUAUCUUCGAUAAGGUGAUCGGGCCGAACGGUCUGUUGAAGAACAAGACUCGCGUAUGGGUGACGCACAACGUGACCUAUCUGGCCCAAACGGACCUGGUGCUGGUGCUGCGCGACGGCCAGGUCUCGGAGGCGGGCACUUACCAGCAGCUGCUGGAGAAGAAGGGCGCCUUCGCCGAGUUCCUGCUUCACCAUCUCAGCGAUGCGGAGAGGACCUCGCCGGAAGAACUUGAUGAGAUUAAGCAAGACCUGGAGAGCAAGCUGGGCUCCGAGUUCCAGAACAAGUUGCAGAGGGCGCGCUCACUCUCUGAGAGCACCUCUGAGUCUGAACAGCCAGCAGCCGGUGAUAGAACCGGCAGCGUAAAGAGACGCACCCCUGACGACGCCACGCCCAACGAACUCAAGGAAAAGAACAAGUUGAUUGAGACAGAAAAGACUGAGACGGGCAGUGUGAAAUGGGCUGUUUACAAGCACUACCUGACGAGCGUAGGCGUGCUGGCGUCGGUGGUCACGAUCCUCAUGAACUUGGUGCUGCAGCUGUUCCAGGUCGGCUCCAACUACUGGCUCUCCGAGUGGUCCAAUGACAAAACUGUUAUGAUGGAGAAUGGUACCUUAGACAAAAGCAAGCGCGAUCUAUACCUUGGUGUAUAUGGUGGUCUCGGCAUUGGGCAAGUCGUUGCGGUGUCGGUGUCGUCGCUGGCGCUGUACCUGGGCACGCUGGCGGCGUCUCGUGCGCUGCACGCCGGCCUGCUGGCGGGGGUGCUUCGCGCCCCGAGCAUCGGCUUCUUCGACUGCACGCCCGUCGGCCGCGUGCUCAACCGCUUCAGCAAGGACGUGGACGUGCUCGACAACGUGCUGCCGAUGACGCUCCGCGGCUGGACCUCGUGCUUCUUCUCGGUGCUGGGCACGCUGUUCGUGAUCAGCUACUCGACGCCGAUCUUCAUGAGCUUGAUAGUGCCGUUCGGCAUCAUCUACUACGUGAUCCAGCGCUUCUACGUGGCCACGUCACGUCAGCUCAAGCGACUCGAGUCCGUGUCACGCUCGCCCAUUUACUCGCACUUUGGUGAGAGCAUCACGGGGGCAACCACCAUACGCGCCUAUGGCGUCACCAGGAGAUUCGUCGAGGAAUCCGAGCGGGGAGUGGACCACAAUCAGUCCUGCUACUACCCCAGCUGCAUCGCUAACCGGUGGCUGGCCGUUCGGCUGGAGAUGAUCGGCAACCUGAUCAUCUUCUUCGCCGCUCUGUUCGCCGUUCUAGCGCGGGACACGAUCAACGCCGGCAUCGUGGGUCUAUCGAUCAGCUACGCCCUGCAGAUAACUCAAACGCUCAAUUGGCUCGUUCGGAUGACGUCAGAGGUGGAAACGAACAUAGUGGCAGUGGAAAGGAUUAAGGAGUACGCUGAAACGAAGCAGGAGGCGGCGUGGACGCAGCCGAACGGGCCGGGCGCCACGUGGCCGGAGACGGGCGCAUUGCAGCUGGAGCGGCUGACGCUGGGCUACCGUGCGGGCGAGCCGGCGCUGCGCGACGUCACCUGCACGGUGGCGCCGCGCGACAAGCUCGCCAUCGUGGGCCGCACCGGCGCCGGCAAGUCCACGCUCACGCUCGGCCUCUUCAGGAUAGUGGAAGCGAUGGGCGGCAAGAUCCUGAUCGACGGCAUCGACAUCUCUACGAUCGGCCUUCACCAGCUGCGCUCCCGCAUCACGAUCAUCCCCCAGGACCCUGUGCUGUUCUCGGGCACACUCCGCAUGAACCUGGACCCCUUCGAUGUCUACUCCGACGAAGACAUCUGGCGCUCGCUGGAGCACGCGCAUCUCAAGACCUUCGUUCAAGGUCUCCAAGCGGGGCUGCGCCACGAGAUCUCGGAGGGCGGCGAGAACCUGUCCGUGGGGCAGCGGCAGCUGGUGUGCUUGGCGCGCGCCCUCCUGCGCAAGACCCCACUCCUCGUGCUGGACGAGGCGACCGCCGCCGUCGACCUGGAGACCGAUGAGCUCAUACAGAAAACCAUUCGUUCGGAGUUCGCGUCGUGCACCGUUCUCACCAUCGCCCACCGUCUGAACACCAUAAUGGACUCCACCAGAGUCAUGGUGCUCGACAAAGGCCAGCUUGUGGAGUAUGCUCCACCAGAACAAUUGCUCCAAGACAAAAACUCUAUCUUCUACAGCAUGGCAAAGGAUGCUGGACUCGUCAAU